GGGCAACUCGACGUGCGCGUCCACCUUGACCCCGCGCUCCAUCGCGCGUCCAGCAGAGUUCACAUUUACCCAUAAAAAAAAAAAAAAGUGAAAAUGAGCAACCGACGGAAACGCGCUCCUCCAGUGAAAGUAGAUGAAGAAAAGCAACAGCAGCUUCGUUGGAAUAUGCAUGAGGACAGAAGGAAUGAACCUGUCACCUUAACUGAUGAUGAGCAUCCCUACCCAGCUUCAGAGUCCUCUUCUGCUCAGUGCAUCAUCCUAGAUGAUAGCCUAAAGGAAGAAGUGGCUCACAGAGAUAAAAAGAGAUGUUCAGAGUCAGUGUGCAUCUCAGAAUCAGUCGAUAAAGAAGAGACUGGUGACAGUUUUUCCCCUUUGUCAGUAAAGCUGAAUAUUGUGAUUUCUCCCUGUCGCUUUGAUAAUUCUUGGAAAGCACUUCUAGGAGAAUUCACUCUUCAGCUUCUUCCAGAACAGAGUUUAAUUGAAAAUUUUUCUGAAAGGAGUUUUACACUGAUGAGUUCAGAGUCAAGCAGUCAGUUCCUGAUCUAUGUUCAUUCAGAAUGCAUAGAUGUGGAGAAACAAGAAAAAGGACUCAACAAGCCAAGCAGUGUUUGUGACAAGGGUACCCGAGUGGAAUCAUCCUUCAGUGGUGAAAUGUUAGAGGAUUUGGGGUGGCUACAAAAGAAGAGAAGAAUAAAACUUUACCACAAACCAGAUGGAAAUCACAUUAUUAAGGUUGGAAUUUAUCUUUUGGAAGAUGGCCUAGCAAAACUAGACUUUUUGAGUGAUGCAAAUUCAAGAAUGAAAAAGUUCAAUCAACUCAUGAAGAAAGUGAUGGAAAAGUUAUACAAUUUUAUUAUUCCAGAUGUGUUGGAAGAGGAUGAGGAAGAUUCAGAGAGUGAGCCAGAGGGACAGGACAUUGAUGAGCUCUAUCACUUUGUGAAGCAAACACAUCAGCAAGAAACACAGUCCAUUCAAGUGGAUGUCCAGCAUCCUGCAUUGACUCCUGUAUUGAGACCUUACCAAAGAGAGGCUGUCAAUUGGAUGCUACAACAAGAGCAUUUCAGAAGUGCUCCCAUUAGUGAAAAUGCCCUGCACUUCUUAUGGCGAGAGAUUGUUACAUCUGAGGGUUUGAAACUCUACUACAACCCAUAUACAGGCUGCAUCAUCCGUGAGUACCCAAGUGCUGGGCCACAGUUGUUUGGUGGAAUCUUAGCAGAUGAGAUGGGUCUCGGAAAGACAGUGGAGGUUUUGGCUCUGAUUCUGACACACAUUCGACAGGAUGUCAAACAAGAUGCUCUGACUCUUCCUGAGGGAAAAGUGGUCAAUUAUUUCAUUCCAUCACAUUCUGGAGGACAAGUAAAAAACACAGAAACUCAGAUUAUGGAAAUUGAACCCAAAGAAAAAGUUCAGUGCCCCCCUACACGUGUGAUGAUCCUGACAGCUGUAAAAGAAAUGAAUGGAAAAAAGGGAGUUUCCAUCCUUUCCAUCUAUAAGUAUGUCAGUUCUAUAUAUAGAUAUGAUGUUCAUCGUAACAAGAGUCUUCUGAAACGGAUGCUGAAAUGUUUAAUUUUCGAAGGUCUUGUGAAACAGAUCAAAGGCCAUGGUUUUUCUGGCACUUUUACAUUGGGGAAGAAUUACAAGGAAGAGGAUAUAUAUGAUAAAACCAAAAAGCAGGCAGUAUGGAGUCCGAGGAAAAUUCAGAAAGAAUCCAGAAAGUCAUUGAGCAAGGACACAGAUUCUGAGUACUUGCCAUCAAACACCUCUGAUGAUGAUGAUAAUCCUUACUAUUAUUACUAUAAGCCCAGGAGAAAUCGUAGUAAAGUGAGGAAAAAGCCUGUUCCAUCCACAAAAAAGGAACAAAGUCAACCUGACAUCGAUCUCAGUUCACAAAAUCAUGAUCCAGCGACCAGUGACUCUGGAAUCACUGAUGUUACCACAUCCACAAGUACCUGUGUCUUUGAAGUCCAGCAAGAACAUGCAGCAGAGACCCAAGCUGAAUCUCUAAACUCUGCUGGUGGUGAUGUGCCACAUUCUAAUAUUAUGAGUCCCUAUAAUUCAUCCGAUUAUCGCUUUGAGUGCAUAUGUGGUGAACUUGACCAUAUUGACCGUAAGCCUCGUGUUCAGUGCCUGAAAUGCCACCUGUGGCAACAUGCAAAAUGUGUGAAUUAUGAAGAGAAGAAUCUGAAGAUUAAGCCUUUCUAUUGCCCCCACUGCCUUGUUGCAAUGGAGCCAGUAUCAACUAGAGCAACUCUGAUCAUCUCACCCAGUUCCAUAUGUCAUCAGUGGGUGGAUGAAAUCAAUAGGCAUGUGAGAUCAUCAUCUCUUCGAGUCUUGGUAUAUCAAGGAGUGAAGAAAGAUGGCUUCUUACAGCCUCAUUUUUUGGCAGAACAGGAUAUAGUUAUCAUUACCUAUGAUGUCCUUCGUUCAGAGCUAAAUUAUGUAGAUAUCCCACACAGCAAUAGUGAGGAUGGGCGUCGCUUACGGAACCAGAAGCGCUAUAUGGCCAUUCCAAGCCCUCUGGUAGCUGUGGAAUGGUGGAGGAUCUGCCUUGAUGAAGCUCAGAUGGUUGAAUGCCCUGCUGUAAAAGCUGCAGAAAUGGCUCAGCGCUUGAGUGGGAUUAAUCGCUGGUGCAUCAGUGGCACUCCAGUACAGAGAGGACUGGAGGAUCUUUUUGGACUAGUGGUCUUUCUUGGUGUUGAACCUUUCUGUGUCAAGCAUUGGUGGGUUCGACUUCUCUACCACCCUUACUGCAGGAAGAAUCCUCAGCCCCUCUACAGCUUUAUUGCCAAGAUUCUGUGGAGGUCUGCAAAGAAAGAUGUGAUUGACCAAAUUCAGAUACCUCCUCAGACAGAAGAAACCCACUGGCUCCACUUUUCUCCAGUGGAAAGACAUUUCUAUCACCGUCAGCAUGAGGUGUGCUGCCAGGAUGCCGUAGUCAAACUCAGGAAGAUUUCUGACUGGGCUCUGAAGCUCAGCAGCCUGGACCGAAGGACUGUCACCUCCAUCCUGUACCCACUGCUGAGGCUCCGGCAGGCCUGCUGCCACCCACAGGCCGUUCGCGGAGAGUUCCUGCCACUCCAAAAAAGCACCAUGACAAUGGAAGAGCUUCUGACAUCACUGCAGAAGAAAUGUGGAACUGAAUGUGAAGAAGCACAUCGGCAAUUAGUUUGUGCUCUCAAUGGCUUAGCAGGCAUCCACAUCAUUAAAGGUGAGUAUGAAUUGGCAGCAGAACUGUACAGAGAGGUGUUGCGUUCAUCUGAGGAACACAAAGGAAAACUCAAAACUGAUUCACUCCAAAGACUUCAUGCAACUCAUAAUUUGAUGGAAUUGUUGGCAGACAAGCACCCAGGGAUACCUCCUACCUUGCGAGAUAGCAGACUUGAGGAAGAGGCCAGACAGCUGAGGGAGCAUUAUAUGAGCAAGUGUAACACUGAGGUUGCUGAAGCACAGCAAGCUUUGCUGCCUGUGCAGCAGACCAUACGUGAGCUCCAAAGAAAGAUUUAUUCUAAUUCUCCUUGGUGGCUGAAUGUGAUCCAUAGAGCAGUGGAAUUCUCUAUUGAUGAGGAGCUUGUCCAACGAGUGCGAAAUGAAAUAACCAGCAACUACAAGCAACAAACUAGCAAGCUUUCUAUGUCAGAGAAGUUCCGUGAUUGCAGAGGUCUUCAGUUCUUACUAACAACACAAAUGGAAGAACUAAAUAAAUUCCAGAAGCUAGUCAGAGAGGCUGUUAAAAACUUGGAGGGACCUCCAUCUCGAAAUGUUAUUGAGUCUGCAACAAUCUGCCACCUCCGACCAAUUAGACUUCCUCUCAACUGCUGUGUCUUUUGUAAGGCUGAUGAAUUGUUCACAGAGUAUGAAUCAAAGCUAUUUUCUCACACAGUCAAAGGCCAGACUGCAAUAUUUGAGGAGAUGAUAGAAGAUGAAGAAGGACUGGUGGAUGAUCGAGCACCUACCACCAACCGAGGUCUAUGGGCAAUAAGUGAGACAGAGCGAUCUAUGAAAGCUCUACUAUCAUUUGCAAAAUCACAUAGAUUUGUUGAAUUCAUUGAUGAAGGAAGUACUUCAAUGGAUCUCUUUGAAGCGUGGAAAAAGGAAUAUAAGUUGCUUCAUGAGUACUGGAUGGCUCUGAGGAAUCGUGUAUCUGCUGUUGAUGAACUGGCAAUGGCUACAGAACGUCUAAGAAUUCGUCAUCCUAGGGAGCCAAAGCCCAAUCCACCUGUUCUUCACAUCAUUGAACCACAUGAGGUGGAGCAAAAUCGGAUAAAACUACUAAAUGAUAAAGCUGUUGCUGCAUCACAGCUUCAGAAAAAACUUGGGCAGCUUCUUUACCUAACUAACUUGGAGAAGUCUCAAGACAAAACGUCAGGAGGUAUUAAUCCAGAACCUUGUCCAAUCUGUGCUCGGCAGCUGGGAAAACAGUGGGCAGUCCUGACCUGUGGGCACUGUUUCUGUAAUGAAUGCGUUUCCAUUAUUAUCGAACAGUACAGUGUGGGCUCCCACAGAAGCUCCAUUAAGUGUGCCAUCUGCCGCCAGAACACAUCUCACAAAGAAAUCUCGUAUGUCUUCACCUCGGAGAAAGCCAGCCAGGAAGAGGACAUCCCUGUGAAGGGUAGUCAUUCUACAAAAGUGGAAGCUGUGGUCAGAACUCUGAUGAGAAUCCAGCUUAGAGAUCCGGAAGCUAAAGCACUCGUUUUCUCAACGUGGCAAGAUGUAUUAGAUAUUAUUUCAAAAGCUCUCACUGACAACAACAUGGAAUUUGCACAGAUCAGUCGUGUGAAGACAUUUCAGGAGAACCUUUCAGCAUUUAAACAUGAUCCCCAAAUCAAUAUUUUGCUGCUGCCCCUGCACACAGGUUCUAAUGGAUUAACUAUCAUUGAAGCUACUCACGUUCUCUUGGUGGAGCCCAUAUUGAACCCUGCCCAUGAGCUUCAGGCCAUAGGAAGGGUGCACCGAAUUGGACAAACAAAACCUACUAUUGUACACAGAUUCUUGAUUAAAGCAACAAUAGAAGAAAGAAUGCAAGCAAUGCUGAAAACUGCUGAGAGGAGUCACACCAGCUCAUCGGGGAAGCAUCCAGAGGCCUCUGUCUUGACCGUGGCUGAUCUGGCAGACCUCUUUACCAAAGACACUGAAGAACUUGAAUGAAGUGCACCUGAUUCAGUCUGCAAACGUCAAUGUAUUUAAAAACUGCCGUAGCUUGUAGAGCGAAGUUACAAGUAAACUAUCCACUAGAUGUCAGUAUCCACUGUUCUUAGGCAAAUGAAUUUCCUUCUUUUCCAGUUGUACAGUGUCCCAGUAGUCAUGGAGCCCUUUUCAAUAUGCUGUUUCCAGAAGAUCUGUAAAGGUUUUAAUUUUUCACUCCUAAUAAAACAUUUAUUUUUGUUCUGAAGAAUAUCUAUAUCUGAGUGAAUGAAGGCAGGUACUAUGUACAUUUCUUUUGAUAAGGUCAGUCUUAAAAGGAGUUGGAACACGAGAAAGUAAACUAGCCUAGUUUUGUAUGACCUGGUUGUACAACCAACACGAAUCUCACUUUUGGAAGGGCCUUCAGUAUCUUUAGCACAUAACUCAGCAAUAUCUUGUAAGUACUAUUUUUAGUAGAUAAUGAAUUAUAUUAACUCCUAGUUAUUUAAGUAGGUUUAGACUGUAACUUCAUACAUAGUAACUACAGUACUACAACUCCUAACAAUAACUUAAUAUUAGGCAAUUAUUUCUUUUCUCUGUAUCUUGCCACGAAAAUUUGAAACACUUUUCCUGUUUCUAUUACAUGUUAAGUAGUGUCAGUGUAAGCAGUUAACUUUAAAUAGGGCUUCUAAAUGUAUUAAUGUUCAUCUUAAAAUUAAUCUGCUUUCU